GUAAAAGAACGUUAUAGUCUUCUCUGACAAUACUUAGUUCAAGCGCACAUGAACACAAUCAUUUCUAAUUAAUAAUAAGUUUUAUUUUCAUGGAAUAUUAUUCCAUAUGUUUGACUUGAAUGUUUCAUUAAAAUUACCUGGAAAUCGCAAAAGAUGUCUUUAUAUAUGUUUGAAUAACGAAUUUAAUGCGUGUACGCAAAAACGACCGUUUAAGAGAAGGUUUAUCGACAGCUGAACAUAACCUAUAUAUUAAUGUUAACAAAACGCAUGUCCGCCGUACAGAAACAUGGAAGGAAUACUGUGCUGCAGAAGAAUGAUACGACAAUUAAAUAUAAUUCAUAAACUUAGAGCAAAUUCAGUGCUGAUACGAAAAUGUAGUACAGAAAAAAGCUCGGACGAUAGCGUAAAAAUAUCGGAAAGAUCGGAAGAACAAAAUGUUGAUACAAAAAAGCACCUAAGUGGAUUCGCACAAGCUUACGACAAAUUCGAAUCCAUCGAUAAGUCCUACGACCCUUCAAAACUAUUAAAAUCUCGUUCGUUCGCUAAAAUGCUUCGAGAUUCGAAGUUCAUAGACCUUGGAGAUCCCCAAAAAAAGGUUGUAAUUGGAGAAAUUUUCAACGUUGUUGGGGAUGAUUUAUAUAUUGAUUUUGGAUGGAAAUUUCAUUGCGUGUGUCCAAAACCUAAAAAAGAUACGAGUAAAUACGUUAGAGGAUCGAGAGUCGUUCUUAGGAUACUAGAUUUGGAAAUGUCUACAAGAUUCCUAGGAGCACGUUCCGAUUUAACGCUUUUGGAAGCAGAUUGUGUUAUCUUAAAUUUAAUAUCUUCACCGAUUCGAGAUCAGUAAAUACAAAAAUGAAAUUACAUACAUUGUACAUUAUAAUAAAGACUCAUCUCAGCGUGCA